UCAGCCCCACAAUCAGCCAGAGGGCCUGCAGAUUGAAGGAAAAGUCGUAGAACAUGCGGCUUUGCUUACGAGAGAGCAGUAAAUGGCGGAAGGAGGACUAUCAACACUGACAACAGGCCUACGUGACGAGGUGAAUGUAUGCCAGUUGUGUGGAGCACUUGAAAAUUUGUCGCUGUGUGGGGGUUGUAGGGGUACCUGGUACUGCUGUAAAGCUCAUCAGCGCCAGGAUUGGAAAGAUCAUAAGCGGGCGUGCAAAAAGAGCAAAAAACCCUCGUCGAUAAGUGACAGCGGACGUGAGGCCGACGCGACUGAGCGUGCGAAGCAGAGCAUGCCUAACGAAGUCGAAGGCGCGGACGAUUACACAGAUGCAGAUUCGGUUGGUGUCGACGAUAAUUCCAACCUAGAAUCACCUUUAAAAUUAUCUCUUGACGAGCCCAGAGCACUGCCAUGCCCUGUGACAGGUCACCAGGACAUUACGGGGGGCAAAACCAGUCAAGAGGAAAAGGACCCUGCUGAGGCGGGGGAGGCGCAGCAGCUCACAUCGCCAAGCGAGAGAGAGGGGGUUAUUGAUGACUCCCGCGAAUGUGAUGAUAGCAGCCAGGUCCAGGGCAAGACUGUGCUACUAGGAAAACAGCGUACCAAGUCCAAGUCUUCCAAAAAGAAAUAUAAAUAUGAGCAGCAAGGAAACUUGCCCAGCAUUUCAGAAGAUGGCCUACCACCAGAGAGAUACUAUUUAGACCAUUCAACACAUAGGAUAAGUCUGCCACCUAUUGCGAGAGCAGCUGCAGCUAGGCAGGCGCAAGAUUCAGCAAUGGGUCAAGGGGAAGAAUUACUUUCGCCGUCGCAAAGCAGAGAGCAGUACUUGUCUGUUUUGCGGUCUCGGUUUAAAGUUUUAGCAAAAUAUGUCGUGGAUUGUCUUACAAAAUAUGGUAUUUGUGUGAUUGAUAAAUUUUUAGGCGAAAGCACUGGCUAUGAAAUCUUGAAAGAGGUGCUGCAACUUUCCUCUGCGGGAAUUAUGAAACAAGGUCAAUUAGUGCAUGGACCUUCUUCAUCUAGCAAUAAGUACAUUCGUGGUGAUAUGAUCACUUGGGUGGAUGGCACAGAACCAAGAAGCGAAAACAUCCAUUUCCUUAUUUCAUGCAUGGAUGCAGUUGUGCUUCAGUGUGCCAGUCAGCUGGAACCUUACACCAUCAAUGAACGAACCAAGGCGAUGGUGGCAUGUUAUCCUGGGAGAAAGACCCGCUAUGUUAGACAUGUUGACAAUCCAAAUGGUGAUGGUCGCUGCAUAACCUGCAUUUACUACCUCAACGAAAACUGGGACGUCAGGCAACACGGAGGACUCCUUCGAAUCUACCCUGAGGGUGAAGACAGAGUAGCAAACAUUGAACCAAAAUUUGAUAGACUGCUCUUUUUCUGGUCAGACCGGAGAAAUCCUCAUGAAGUUGAGCAAGCUUUCAAAGAAAGGUAUGCAAUAACAGUUUGGUACUAUGAUGCAGAGGAAAGAGCCCAAGCACUGAAGAGAUUCAAAGGGAGCUCAGACUCAAACAGUAUUAAACGCCAGGCAGUUCCUUUAAUCAAUGGUAACCAGAACUUAAACUGAUGUGCAGAGUGUUCGAGCAAGUGUGUAUCUGCUACGGUUGUGGGAUUCAAUUGUUCCUCUGUGAAUAAGAGAUUGAAAGAAAACUGAUGAUGAACUGGCAAUGUGUCAUCUAGAUUGGUUUGUUUACCUGUGUGAAGUUUGUGAUCAACUUUUGAGCUCUUCAGAAAGGCUUGAUGUGAUGUGAUGUUCCAACAUUUUUAUCAACUUGGAGACUGCUUUUAAGGUAUGAGGAAAGUUCAGGAGGAAAAAUGUGUUCUUGAUAUAUGAUGCUGUGUAAAAUGUUGUGAGUUUGCAAGUACUGACUGCUUCCAAAAUGUUGGAUGACCUCCUUUUGAUUGCUAGUCCCAAGGAUAUUUUUUAAGGAAAUAUUCUGUCACAGAGAAAUGUGAUUGUUUCCAGUGAGUGGGUUUUUAUUUUCAUUUUACAUCAAGACAGCUGACUUCAGAGCAGGAGAUAAGAGCUUUACCAUGACUUACUGAAUCAAACAAGUAUUCUGUGAUGGGAAAUCUUCAUUCUCAUUUAUCAAAAUCCCUCUGUGCCUCUAUGGAAAACAAAGUGAUUUUUCUAAGACACGUUGAUUUUCUUUUUGUUGUUCACCUUUUUCAAGCUUCAGUUUAUCAUGUGAGAGCAAGGGAUGAUAAUCUAAUGCUUCAGUCAAAGAGCAUUCCUCAUUGUUUGCUGUACUCUGUGAGGAAGUUCUAUUAUCUUCCUUUUUAAAUAUCAAUAGUAUGCUAAAGAAUUGUUUCUGGGUGUACUUUGUGAAUGAAAGUGCUGUGAGUGUUAUGGUUCUCCUGUUUCCUUUAGCCCACCAUUUCGAGUCUCUGUUGUGAGUGUUGUUCAUUACUUUUCUUUCUGGGUGUUCUUGGAUGUGUCUGGGAAUUUUGUUUCACUAGGGGUGGGUUUAUUGCAAGGUUGACUGAUGUACAGUUUGUCAUGAAUGGUUGUGAAGUAACCAUAAUAAAGUUGUUCUGAUUUUUUUUGUGUGUGUGGGUGUGUCAACCUAAAGACAGGUUGACUGAUAGAUGGUGAGGUGGGGAUGGAGGCAAUAAGUAAAGGGAAUUCAUGGGAAACUCUCACUAUGUCAGAGGUAGUGGCUGUUUUUCUGAUCAGGGACAAAUUUCUCUUUUGCGCCUUUCUUCAUUCAGUUUUUUUCCACUGGUUUUUAAUUUUUGAAAAGUGUGUGUGGAUGGUUGGUGGGUGCUCUGAUGUGGUUUGCUUCUUCUGUCCUAUCAAUCGUCUAUCAUAAUUAUCUCCCCUCCUUCUUUUUUGUGUUUGUUAUUCUCUUGUAACACCUCUAAUCUUUGGCACUUAUAUGACCUUUUUGUGUUGCAAGUGCCGUAAAACACUAAAGCUAAAGCAGAAAAGUGUGUUUUUGAAGUCUUUCUUUUAUUCUUUUAACAGAUGCCUUAAAUACUUUGGUUCAAGAAAAUAGGAAUUUGGAUACUUUGACAGAGAAAUUAUUGCUCAAUCAAUAUAUAUUUGUUUUAUAUUUGACUUUAGUUUGCCUAGAUAAUUGUUCGUAAGUAGAAAAAAA